AAUGACUCAGUAGGCUGACUCGGAGCCGACUUGAGGGCCAGGCUGAGCCUCAGUGUGAUCUGGUCUCUUCCACAAGGGCAGCGCAGUCUCACUCCGGAGCGCCUUCCUCGCCUUUUUUCCACCGCGCAGUGUACCUUUAAAAGGUUGAACUCGCCAGUGUACGAUCUGCGAGCACUGGAUUGUUUCCCCACUCGGCUCAGCUGUGUGUACCUUCCAGCAGUGACAUGGCAUAGAGACGCUGAGCUGUCAGCAGCAGCAGCAGCAGCAGCAGCAUCCUGCACCAUGGACGCUCUCCGACAGCCGAAGCGGAGCGGAGCCUUCGCCGCGCUGGACACCAUGAUGCCCGUUUGGAUAUUACUGAGCGCGGUGUCAGGACUGAAGGCGGAGGACGGCGGAAUGGAAGAACUUGCCACCGAGAAGGAGGCUGAGGAAAGUCACCGACAGGACAGCGUUAAUUUGCUGACAUUCAUUUUACUGCUGACCUUAACGAUUCUCACCAUAUGGCUCUUCAAGCACAGACGGGUCCGUUUCCUCCACGAAACCGGACUGGCAAUGAUUUACGGUUUGCUGGUAGGUGUGAUUCUGCGGUACGGCAUCCCUGCCACCAGCUACCACAACAAGACACCCCCGAGCUGCUCGCUGAAGGAAGGACCUGUCAGCACCCUGCUGCUUAAUGUCAGCGGCAAGUUCUUUGAGUACACCCUCAAAGGGGAGAUCAACUCCAGGGAGAUUAACAAUGUGGAGCAGAAUGAUAUGCUGCGCAAGGUGACGUUUGACCCUGAAGUAUUCUUCAACAUAUUGCUGCCUCCAAUCAUCUUCCACGCUGGGUACAGUCUGAAGAAGAGACACUUCUUCAGGAAUCUUGGCUCCAUUAUAACCUACGCGUUUCUUGGCACUGCCAUCUCAUGUUUUGUCAUUGGGAAUCUAAUGUACGGUGUGGUCAAACUGAUGCAAGUGGUCGGACAGCUGACUGACAAGUUCUACUAUACCGACUGCCUUUUUUUUGGUGCAAUAAUCUCUGCCACAGACCCAGUGACAGUGUUGGCCAUCUUUAAUGAGCUCCAUGCCGAUGGGGAUCUGUACGCUCUGCUGUUUGGGGAAAGCGUAAUGAAUGACGCAGUGGCCAUUGUGCUCUCCUCGUCUAUUGUGGCGUACCAGCCCACUGGAGCAAACACACACAUGUUUGACGCCUCAGCCUUUUUCAAGUCCGUGGGGGUUUUCCUGGGUAUUUUCAGCGGCUCCUUUGUGAUGGGUGCAGCCACAGGAGUCGUCACCGCUCUCGUCACCAAGUUCACUAAACUGCACUGUUUCCCGCUGCUGGAGACGGCCCUCUUCUUCCUCAUGUCCUGGAGCACCUUCCUGCUGGCUGAAGCCUGCGGGUUCACAGGCGUUGUGUCCGUGCUGUUCUGUGGCAUCACACAGGCUCACUACACCUACAACAACCUCUCUGCGGAGUCCACAAAACGCACCAAGCAGCUCUUUGAGGUCCUUCACUUCCUGGCUGAGAACUUCAUCUUCUCCUACAUGGGUCUGGCUCUGUUCACGUUCCAGAAUCACAUUUUCAGCCCUAUUUUCAUCAUCGGGGCUUUUAUUGCCAUAUUCAUCGGAAGAGCUUUCAACAUUUACCCGCUGUCCUUCCUUCUCAACCUCGGCAGAAGACACAAGAUCAAGGGAAACUUCCAGCACAUGAUGAUGUUUGCAGGUCUGCGCGGGGCGAUGGCGUUUGCCUUGGCCAUCCGGGACACGGCCACCUACGCCCGCCAGAUGAUGUUCACCACCACGCUGCUCAUUGUCUUCUUCACUGUCUGGGUGUUUGGCGGUGGGACGACACCCAUGCUGUCCUGGCUACACAUCAGCGCUGGGAAAAGCAAUGCAUUGCAGGAAGAGCGACGCAAGUUUGGAAAAUUGGAGUACCUCAGGGUCGGUGUGGACCCAGAUCAAGACCAGCAGCCCUGUGGAGACAGCUUCCAGGUCCUUCAGGGGGAUGGCUCCCAGGCUGAAGGACAGAGUAAAACCAAACAGGAGAGUGCGUGGCUCUUCAGACUCUGGUACACCUUUGAUCACAAUUACCUGAAGCCCAUUCUGACACACAGCGGUCCACCUCUCACCUCCACUCUGCCUGCAUACUGUGGGCCGCUGGCGAGCUGUCUGACCAGCCCCCAGGCGUACGAGAACCACGAGCAGCUGAGGGACCACGACUCUGACGUCCUCCGUAACGACAGCGACCUGACCUUCACGUUCGGCGACACUGCCAUCACAGCCAACGGGGCCUCAGGUGGUGGAGGGGAUGCGGCCGGCGGGUCGGGCUGGAGCGCGAAUGGCAAAAGGAGCGGCAGCACCUCCGAGGAGGCGCUGGAGCGUGAACUGGACUCCCGCGAGCAGGAGCUGCUGAGCCGCGGCACACGUCUGGUUUUCCCCAUCGAGGAUCACAUCUGACCCUCCAACCUCCAACCUCCCCGCCCUGACCCCCCCAGACCGCCUCGCCCUCGGCUCUCCUGCGGGCAGAGCGUCCAGUCCUUCAGAGAUAAGACAGAGAAGAGAAGAGAAGUGGGAGUAGACAAAAGGGGAGGCUCUGAGCUCCCUCCAGGCCUGGGAGCAGAGCUCACUGAGCGUUUCAUCCUCAUUACAGAGCUGGAAUUUAUUCUCCAGGAGACAUGUGUCCUCCAGUCAGGAAAUCAGCUCUCCAUGCUGAUUGUUUCCUCUGCAUAAACAGGAGGGAAAUCUUUAUGCAGGAUGAGAGGACAAAAAAACAUCAUCAUGCGAGAUUCAAUCUGCACUUUUGAACAUGUGACACUGUGUUCAGCUGGAGUGGAAAACAAGAAGAAGAAAUGAAAAAUUGCCUGGCAGCCCUCUCUCAUCAUGUGAUCUGACCAGAUUCAGAGUGCAUCAGUGAACACUGAGAAAAGUGGCUUCUUCGCAAUCACACCCAUCUAGUUGCUGAGAUGACGCUACACUAACCAAACUGUAAUAGUUUAUAGAUCAGACAAGUGUUCUGUGGUAUAUUUGUACCAUUCAUCUGAAGCUGCUAAUAGGCCAGUGUUUGGUAUGUCUGUGAUGAUGAUGUCCCUUUGUUUCACACAAAAGCAUCUGUGUGUGGAGGAGACUGUGGCAUGUGAGGAGCUCAGAGAGGGACAGUGAGUGUGUGACCCUCUCAGCCGCCGCAGCCUCUCAUGGGUGAAGUAACAGGGGCAGAGAAUGUGAGCAUGUAAAUAGCAACAAUGCAGAGCUUUGUUCCUCUCGAGUGGGACCGCUUCUUUCAGUGCAUUACGUCCCAUGACUGUUACGAAUCUGUGUAUCUUGUCUCUGAACUGGAUCUUUUUUCUGUGUACAGGGCUGCUUUUCAUAACAAUCCCAUGAACGAGGAACCGAAGGAUUUUGAUGAUGAUUAUAUUGUUUCUUAUGAGAUAAAGCUGAUUUCCCACAACGUAAAAUAAUAUGAGCUGUGCACUAUAAUACGGUCAUGGAGCAAUUUCAACACUAUAAAAUAAAUAGAAGAGGCCAGUUGCACAAAACACCCUUAAGUCUUUUCCUUAAGGUUUCCUUUAAAUGUUUACUUAUGUAUUUAUGCUUUUCUCCAUGUCUAGGUCUUAUACUGAAGGCAUUACUAAAGACCUUAGCAACCAAAGCAAGCAAAAAAAAAAAACCCUUAAGGUACCUCUGUCUCUAUCUUCACUGCAACACCAUCGAGUUUGUGGUGAUAAGUGAAAAAAACGAACACACUAGGAGAACCCAAUGGAUAUGCUUUUGAUUUUAGACCUUAAAUUUGACUGAAUUCAUUUUUGUUGCAGUUUCUUCCUACAAUUGUCUGGUAGUUGGGAUCAAAUUUACUUAGUAGUUUGUGCUUUCUAUGAUUGUAUCCCUCCAGAAGUUUAAUCUUUUCCUCCUCUGACCAAUAUUAUUGUUUUCUUCUGCCAUUUUUCACCAUCGGCCAUCUUUGUGAGACGAAAACAGGCAUCAAAAGCCCAAGCAAACAAAUAAUCUCCACGGAAACCUUACUGCUAUUAAAUCUCCUUCAAUGCAAUAAAUGAGUUAAUGUUUUUCCUUAACUAAGGAAACCUUUUAAGGGAUUCUGUGCAACUGUGUAAGCCCCUCAGCUAAAGGGAAAGUAAGCCUUAAGGAGAAAAAUUAAGGUGUUUUGUGCUACCCAUCCUAGGCCUUCAUCGUAGUUUGUAACCCUUUGCAAAAAUUUUAUACUAUAUACUUAUUUUAAAAAGAAUUAAUGAUCAGAUGUAGAGCUGCAAUGAUUAGUCGAUUAAGUGAUAAGGUGAUGAACAGAAAAUUAAUUAGCAACUAUUUUGACCCAUCAAAUGAUCAUUUUAGUCUGUUUUUAAGCAAAAAAAGCCAAAUAUUUUCUGGUUUCAUGCCUCUUAAAUGUGACAAUUUGCUCAUUUUCUUUGUUUAACAUGAUAUUUAACUGAAUAGAUGUGGAGGUUUGGACUGUCCGUAGGAUAAAACAAACCAUUUCAAGACUAUUCCUUGAGCUGUGGCUGUCUUCUGAUAUUUUAUUCACAAAACGAUUGAUUGAUAACAAGAAUAACUGUUAUUUAUGGACCUAAUUGGAUGCAUCCUUUUAUGAUGGGCUGCAACUAAAAAUAAUUUUCAUUAUCAAGUAAUCUGUUGAUGAUUUUCUGGAUUAAUUGAUGAGUCAUAGUCUAUAAAAUGUCAGAUGAUCGUAACAAAUGAUAAAUUCCAAUUUACCAGAGCCCAAAGAAAUAUAUGCUUUGUCCAAAAUCCAAAAACAUUUAGAGGUUGCAAAGUACGUCUUCAAACUCCAUCAUUAAUUCGAUUUUUAAAGUUACUUUACUUUUAAAGUGUUCAAACUUCAAAAUGCCAAAUAAAGGGGAACAGCCACUGAUACCAAACGCUGACCAUCAGAGAUUAAAAAAAGGAAGUGCUCGCAUAUAAACUCACAGAGCAGCACUCACAUCAGCAGUGUUCAAAUCAUUCAAAAUGGCGUCUGUGUGCUGUUCACCCUGAGUAUCAACCUCAAGUGCAAGUGUUGAAAUUGUUAACACUUAAACAAGAUGAUGAUGUGAGCUGUUCUCAUAAAUCAUCAGUAAACAGGUCAUUGAUUGGAUAAUUUGCAGAAUAAAUGUCUCACAAAUCGUUCUUAAACCUUAGUUCAUCGGUUAAGAUGUGAUAUUUUUUAACUUUUUAACAGACAUAGAUUCCUAAUUUGUGUUGUCCUGUUACUGUAACAAUUAAGGUCACACUUCUCAGCUUACUUUUUCAUUUUCAAAAAAAAAAAAAAAAAAUCAGAUGCAAAUCAUGAUGCUAUGCUUUUAAAUGUCUUUUGAUUAUAAUUAUGUGAAAGCAAUAGUUUCACAUUUUGGAAAAUACAAUUCAAAGAUGCUUGAUUUUGGGGAAGUUUCUUUUUCAUACCUGUUUGUUAAAUAUGAAGCUACAGCUAACAAUUAUUUAGCUUAGCUUAAAUUAGUUUAGCUUAAUUCCACCAGAGCCUAUAAAACGAGCUAUAUUAAAUAUUAUAUUGAUACUUUUUUAAAGUAGAAACAAACAACUUUUCCCCCUUAGUGUUUCCAAGUGGUAUCAUUGUUGGUGCCGUUGUUUCAAAGAUAAUUGGAUCACUCUUGUUUACCUCAGAGCCGAGCUGCCAUCACAGUUACGUUUGUUGUUUCACCAUCUACCACUCCACUACUGGGGACAGUUACUGCAAAGAACUUACAGUGAUACUAGUAAAUAAUUGGAGAUAGCUACCGAUAGCUACUGAGGAAAAUGAAAGUGCUCUCCUUUUCCUGUUUUGGUUGCACAAUGGUUAACGCAUGUCAUUUGUACCGUAAAUGGAGCCUUCAUUUUCAGGGAGAUCGUACCUGUCGACAUAAUGAAAGUGAGACUUUUAGGGAACGAAUGGUGUCAUUAUUCUAUAGCCAUUACAUUGCACAAUCAACAUUUACUUCAUAGUGAUAAGUUAAAGAAAAAAAAUCAGCAACUUGUCUGUUCCCACUUUAAAUUUGUGCAAAAACCUAAGUAUAAAAAACUUUUUUCAGGUAGUUAUUGGCUGGACUAUUUAAGAUACCAUUAGAUCAGGUUUUUUGCAGGUCCUCGUAAAAGUCAAAAAUCCAAUCAUUUAAAUUUUAGUCCUUAAAAUGUUCUUAUUAUGAUUUUGACAGGUCUUAAAAAUUGAUUGCAUCGUAAAGUUCAUGUUACUUUUAUAAAGCUGUGUUAACUUUUGGGAAACAAUUUGUAUUGAUCACAAUGUAACAAAACUACAAAACAAAACCAACAUGGAGCCGACAGCCACGAAUGCAAACUGUGCAGCUUGGUCAGAAUUUAUUAGGUAGCAUGGCGUGUCCUCCCAUAAAGCUACUUCUAGAAGUAGUAAGUUAUAAUUGUGUCUGUUAACUUUUUUCCCUCGUGUCCUUCUUUAUGCCAGUAUGGACAUGAAAUAGGUCUGAAUUUGCAUUUAUAAUGGUCUUAAAAAAGGUCUGUAAAAGUCUUACAUUUAUUUGUUGAAACCCUGUCAGUUGAAGUUUAUUACAUUGGAACUAAACCAGGCUCGCUGUUGCUUCCUGUCUCCACCCUUUAUGCUAAGCUAAGCUAAGCUAAUCAGCUGCUGGCUGUAGCUUUACAUUUACCGUACAGGCAUGAAGGUGACAUUCACCUUCUCAUGUAACUCUCUGCCACUAAGCCUUUCCCAAAAUGUUGAACUGCUGCAGCUCAUUGUGCAGCUACAACACUUGACCUUCACAUUUACAGCAGUCACUGCACAUAAAUAAUGGUAAUAUAGAGACUUCCCUAAGCUCUGAUGACAAGAAACCUGACCACACAUUUACCCAACAAGAAAUGGGAACACAUGUUGUUCUCUUAUUGAAAAAAUGAUGUUGUUUUUUUGGUACCAUAUUCCUGCAUGGUGUCUCCGCGUCAAAUAGAGUCUUAUGUUCACAGCAGGUGUGAAAUAUAUUGCAGCUUACAGUAUGACAUCAUCUCACCUGUGGCCCAGUUCCUCGCAGCAGUUUUUAAUGAGAUAACUGGCUCAUCUGCGACGUGCAAAUCCUCGAUAUGAGACUGUGACAUUUUCCACAACAGUGUACUGAACCUAACUGUUUCCUUCUGGUUGAUUUGCAUCACUCUACAUGAACUAUUAAUUAUUUAUACUGCAUCAAUUACUCUUUGGCGACCUUCUAAUCACAUUUCUACACUGUUUGUAGUGAACAUUUGGGGAUUCCUCCCACACAGCAGGAUUAGGAGGGGAAAUAUUUGGAUGUACUUCCCUCCUCUGGAGAUGUUUUUCAGCUCUUAUCCCAUAAAUGUAAAUAAGGAGACAUAUCUGGGUUUACAGAGCCGGUGGAGGAGCUGUUUGAACCAACAACUCACUCCAAAAAUAGCAGGAGGUUUUGUCUGUUGUUUUAUUUUUCCGGAGCUCAACACAUUUUGUGUUCUCGUUCACCACCGCGUCUAGACAUCCGAACCGCUCCCGCUCCCCCCGUUUUAAAUUCACCACACAGCACGUGUCGCCUUUUUGUGUUUUCUCCUUUGACUGCACACAGGGCCUGCUGCAUUUAUGUAUGAGUACACGAGGGCAGGUGUGAAAGGCGCGAUUGUGUAAGGGGAGAAGCCUCACACAAGUUUUAUGGCUCGUUGGGGACCUCCGAAGAGGAAAUGAAUCUAGUUAUGUAAGCUGUUGCCAAGCUGUAUGCAGUGAGGGUGAUUUAAAUUCUAGCAGGAGUGAGAGAAGUAAUGUGGAGCCGUGCUCUGUGUCCAACAUCUCCUCUCACACUCUGAUGAUAGCGAAGUUUUUCUGUAUCUAGGGCAUUAAAAAAAAUACUCGCCACUUUGUUCUGUUACACUUGACGCUUACACCAUCUCGUCUGUGAUAUACAAAGGUCACACAGCAUCAUGCUACACCUUUACAUACAGUAUAACUUACAGCUGAUAUCAUGUUGUGUCUGAAAACAGACAAACUGUGACUUCUGAUCAAACCUGUUGAGACUGUCCUCAUAAUUCCGGCUUUAUCUACUAACAUCAGUGCAGAAAAAGACAGACCGAGAUUUCAUUUGUCACCACGUCUAGGACAAACUGUCUAGACAGUUAUUCUCUGAGACGUGGGAGCACUUUAUGGACAGCAACACCUUGGACGACUUAACUGGUGGCUGCAGGCAAAACAAACGAGCCGAGUUUGGCACUUUACCUCAAGCAGAGGACACUCGCGGGGCUCUUAUAUAACCUUCAUGUGCACUCUAUCCUCCAGACUGUUGUGCUGUCAGUUGUCUUGCUGGCUAUAUUUACAUGCUCUCUGUACCUGAGAAAUAUGAGAUGUAGCUCAAUUGUUAAUAUGUGCACCUGUUGUUUCUAGUAGCAACUGGCUGCCUGGUUCUACCUACCAUGGUUUGCAUGUCAACAUGUUAAUAAAAGUCGUCAAAUUAUGA